GAUUUUGUCAAAAUUUUGUUGUGAACUUCGGCUAAGUUGAGAAUUUUCCAUAAAUAAAUAAUAAAAAUACAAAAAGACUAUUUGUUUUCAGGUCAAAAGAGCUAUAUACUUUAAUAAAUAAAUGUUAUUCCGUAGAUUGAUCGGUGGUGCGUUGUUGCUAAGAUUAGCGAACGUGUGCAGUGCGACAAAUACAACGAUGGCUGGUAAGCAGUGCAACAGUCGCCGCACGUCGUAUCUGACGCAGACAGACGCGGCGGCGCUCGAUCAGGACCUAUUCAAUGAAUACAAAUUCAGUGUCGAUCAACUCAUGGAACUAGCUGGUUUGAGCGUCGCCUCGGCGGUGGCGAGAGCUUAUCCAGUUACCACAUUCUGCACCGUGCUUGUAGUCUGUGGGCCUGGCAAUAAUGGAGGAGAUGGGCUGGUAGCAGCAAGACAUUUGGCACUAUUUGGGUAUUCAGUAUGGGUAUACUACCCCAAGCGCACAGCAAAGCCUCUUUACGAAAAUCUCCUACACCAAGCGUCCAGUUUUGGGGUAACAAUACUGGAUGAACUGGCACCAAAUGAUGAUUUUAAAAUAAUAGUUGAUGCACUAUUUGGAUUCAGUUUUAAACCACCAGUAAGAGAUGAACUCAAGCCUGCACUGUAUGCAAUGAUUGAUUCUAAAAGUCCAGUUUGCAGUGUGGAUAUACCAAGUGGGUGGGAUGUAGAAAAGGGACCAAUCAGCGUUAAAUCUUUAAAGCCAGCUAUGCUGAUUUCUCUGUCGGCACCUAAGCUAUGUGCGAGACCAGAAAUUAUACUUGAUGCCAAGCAUUACUUGGGUGGACGCUUCCUUCCUCCUGGACUCAUUGAAAAAUACAACUUAACUUUACCAAAUUAUCCUGACCAAGACCAAAUUGUUAAACUAUUGUGUUAAUUUAUUUUGUUUCUAAUUUUCGGAUAUUAAAAUGUAUGGAUUAUUAAAUUGUUAACAUCAUUGCCAUGGUCUUCAUUUAAACGGUUACUUUUUUAACCUACUUUUUUACAAUAAAGUUCAUAGCAAA